GCACAAGAUGCAACUAAAUUUCGUGGUACAGCCUCGGAAUUUCCCCACCAUUCCCACGGGCAUUGUGAAAAUGCUGCGCCACUGCCGCAUGCGACUGCUGCGGUGUUCCUAAACGUACUUAUCCUCCAAACGAGCCAUGGACUGGAGGGUGCUCCGAUUCCUUAUAUGUAUAUCCACGCUCUCAAAGUCACGGUCAGGCGAUAUCAUCGAGAUUCGCAGUACUCCCGGUCUUCUGAUUCCUCCGCAUACAAUGUUAUUUUUAUUUCUUUUUAGUGAACGACUGCGUAGUUGCGGGCAUUGUCUCAAACCUGACGCAGUCAUUGGCACCUUUCUUCGCGUUUAUUUUGCUCGUGUGUGGUCGCGCAGCAGUCGCAGCAUUUUCCUAGUGCCCCAUUGCCAUACUGCUAGUGGCCGCAUCUCACUGCGAUGCCCCUCCAUACACAACACCUGUAUUCAAGUCCCACAACCGAAGCAUCUUGUCAUCUAUAGGGAAAACCUGCGACUGCGCUUGCGCCGCUCUCAUGAUCUUCAAUAACUCAACGGAGUGCGGUGCUUGAAACGAGCUUCGACAUCUGGCUGCAUGCUGACAAUGUGGAGCACGGUCGAGGUAGACUUUGGAGGGAUUGUUGGUGUCUUUCUUUAGGCUGCAGAAACACCCUA